CAUAGUCUUGGGCUCUUUAAUCCUUGUGGCAGCUUCACUAGCCCUGUUUAUGGUCGCAAGAAGAUUUCCAUUGUCGAGAACCCAAGUAUUGCCUGGCAGCAAGAAGAGUUCCUUAAAGAUGGACAAAUUACACAACUUCCUCGCCAGUGUGACCGGCCAGGAGAAGGUCGGCUUCAUAGAUUACUCGCAAACCUCGCUUUAUGUGGCUGCUGCAGCUAUAGCUUUCAACCCAAUUUUCUGGAAUAUCGUCGCGCGACAAGAGUACAGAACGCACUUCUUGACAAAGAUAUUCGGCUCGCCGUACUAUGGCUGCUAUGCGCUGGCAUUGACGAUAUUCGGCCUCGGCAUCUUUCGCGAUUCGCUAUACAAGACUGCACUUGAAGAACAACCGCUCUAUCCACCUCUACUCCAACCAACUCUGGGCGUCUUGUUGUUCUGUACCGGCAAUGUCCUUGUCCUAUCGAGUAUGUGGGCUCUGGGUAUUACCGGAACGUAUCUGGGCGACUACUUUGGUAUUUUGAUGGACGAGAAAGUCGAAGGAUUUCCUUUCAACGUGACCGGAGCCCCUAUGUACUGGGGUAGCACGCUGUCGUUCUUGGGCACAGCACUGUACAAAGGUCGAGCGGCGGGUGUCCUCCUCACACUGGAAGUGUUUGUUAUGUAUUACAUUGCCUUGAAGUACGAGGAUCCAUUCACCGCCGAUAUCUAUGCGAAGAAAGAGGCCAGACCAGUGACUCGAUCCAUGACGAAGCAGAAAGAUGGAAAAAAGGCGUAAGUGUGAAGGCGUUCUGAGGGAACAAGAGACAUGAGAGAACGGCCACAGGUCAGUCCUGGAGUUGGGUGCUUAUCUGGCCGAGUAUACGCUGGCCAAAAGGGGACCGACUUGAUGAAUGCAAUGAUACCCCGAUUGAUUGCUGUGUUUAUGGAUGUUCAACACGUCCGUCAGUGAGAAGACGAAGGAUGAGGCUGAAAUUUAGAGGUUGAUACAGUGACCGAUGGUAAUAAGGCUGGAUGAUGCUGGUUUCCUCCAGCGUUGCCCCAUCUUCAGGUACCUAUCGAGGCUAUGGAGUACUCGUAGUGGGAGUAGUAAGCAAAGUUCUUGGCAUUGCGUAGUUG